AUGUUUCAACCUCCAGUCGGUAAUAUAGAUUUAGAUGCCCUCAGCGGUAUUUGUGGAUCUAUAUCCAUUGCCUGCUGGGUUGUUGUCUUUUCUCCUCAAAUCAUAGAGAACUUUCGUCGUGGUUCAGCAGAUGGCCUCUCGCUUCUGUUUCUUGCUGUCUGGUUAGCAGGCGAUGUAUUCAACAUUCUAGGGGCCGUUUUUCAAGGCGUUCUGCCGACGAUGAUCAUCCUGGCUGUCUACUACACGCUUGCGGAUAUCGUACUGCUGGGCCAAUGCUUCUACUAUCGAGGAUUUACGCUGAGAGAUGAUCCAUCAUCAACACCGUCGCGUGCACAGGCCUUAGAUGCUGAAGACCAGUCUUCAAUUCCCGGAAAAGUAUCAGAGCGAACUGCUCUACUUCCCGCAAAGGCAAAUGGCCAGUCGUAUCAGACAGAUAAUCAGGAGCAGACUGGUCGCGGAUACUCAACAUCAGGGCCGUCUGGCCAACAGUCAUUCCCACACCAUCAAAACCAGAGGAGACACUCAGCGUCCUCCUUCAGGGACAUUCUCCACCCCAGUGUGGACGGAACACACCUCUCUCCCGUGACACCAUUUGUUGAGCCCUCAGCGAAGAAAACCUGCCUCACUCGCAGACUCUCCGCCCUCCAAAAUAUCCUUUUUAACCUUUCUGCUAUCUUCUUAGUCUGUGUCGCCGGCGUACUGGGUUGGUACGUCAGUCCCGGAUCAUCAAAGGGUGAAGACCAUCAGGAUGACAGCGAGCCUCUCACAUUUGACACUCUCGGCCAAGUAUUCGGUUACCUGUGUGCAGCCCUAUACCUCGGUUCUCGUCUGCCCCAGAUCUUACUCAAUUACCGACGGAAGUCCACUGAUGGUGUGUCAUUGCUAUUCUUCCUCUUCGCUUGUAUUGGUAACUUGACCUACGUCCUGUCCAUACUUGCUUACUCUCCAGCCUGCAAGGGAGACUUCGCCCAAGGAAGGGUUGGCCAAUGUCGACCUGGCGAAGCUGUUGCCUUGUAUGGUCGAUAUAUACUUGUGAAUUUGUCUUGGUUAAUCGGAAGCCUGGGAACGCUGUUCCUUGACUUAAUCAUUUUUGUACAGUUUUUCUUAUAUCAAGACAACGGUUACGAGGAGACUGAAGGUAUUAGUGAGGAAACCCUAAGGGGCUAA